CUGGCCUCAGGCUCGCGGCCGCUUUGGUUCGUAACGGCUGCUGUUGCAAAAUGGCGGCGCUCUCGUAUCCGCAGGCGGCGGCGGCGGCGGCAGCAGUAGCGGUAACGACGACGACGACAGCAACGGUAGCGGCAGCGGGCUCCGUCUUCCCGCGGCGGGGUAUAGGGGAAGAAGAGUUGCUGCCGUCGCUGGAGCCUGAGGAGAUCGAGCGGCGGCUGCAGAGGACCCGCCAGGAGCUGAGCAACAGGCGGAAAAUCCUGGUGAAGAACCUGCGGACGGACAGCGGUAGCCAGGAGAUACAUGAACUACUCAAAGACUAUGAAUUGAAGUACUGCUAUGUGGAUAAAAACAAAGGAACUGCGUUUGUUACUUUGCUGAAUGGAGAACAAGCGUUGGAUGCCAUUCGCAAAUUUCACAAGUCUAGUUUCCAGGAAAGAGAGAUAUCUGUUCAACUGCAACCUACUGAUAGCUUGCUCUGCAUUACUCAGUUACCAUUGUCCUACACUCAACAACAAUUUGAAGAGCUGGUCCGCCUUUACGGGAAUGUGGAGAGAUGUUUCCUGGUUUAUAGUGAGACUACUGGCCAUUCAAAGGGUUAUGGUUUUGUCGAAUAUAUGAAAAAGGACUCUGCUGCUCGAGCUAAGUCUGAACUUAUGGGUAAACAGCUGGGACCUUGCACACUGUAUGUGCAGUGGACAGAUGCUGAUCAUCUCUCAGCUGAUUUCCUUCACUCCAAGUGCCUUUGUAUAGAUAAAAUUCCCCACGAUUAUAAGGAUACAGCGGAGCUGACAGAGCACUUUUCUCAGAUGUUUCAGCCAGUUUUCUGUCAGCUUGCCCAGGCCUCAGGUAGCCAUCCUUCUUUUGCAGUGGUGGAGUAUGAAACUGCAGACCAAGCUGAAUUAGUGCAGCGAUCUACUGAUGGAAUAUUUUUUGGCGGUAGCCAAGCCCGUGUUUCAUUUUGCGCACCAGGGCCUCAGGGGCGCAGUACACUCGCAGCACUUAUUGCUGCUCAGAGGUUGUUGCUAAACAGCAGGAAGGGCCUUCUUCCAGAACCUAAUCCGCUGCAGAUUUUAAACAGCCUGGGUAAUCCUGUUGCAUUGCAAUUACUACUGAGGCCUUACUUCCAUGGGUAUGCUGGCAAAAAAAGUAUUUUGGGAAAUACUAGCAACGUGCCAGUUCUGCCAAAUCCUGUACUGACUGCAGCUCUACUUCAGAUAAAUCAAACACAGAAUGCUGUGUUGGGAAAUGGAGUGUUUCAGAAUCUAAUACAAAUGCAAGCAGCACAACAGCAACUCCUGAACAAGAAGAAUCCAGCAAUCAGCAAUAAGCCUGGUUUACUCGGAGAUCCUUCUGUUUUACUUCAAGCGGCUUUGGGCCGAGGGCCAGCUACAGUGAUGAACCCUGGGAAAGGAAUUUUGGCUGAAUCACCAACUGGUAUACCAGUUCCAGCAUUGCCUGUUGAAUUCAGUAAAGUGGUUACUCAGCCGCUCGUGGGGGCCUUAUCAUUUCAGUCGAAUCAGAAACUCCUGGGACAAAAUACAAAUGAGCAUAAAGCAAUGUUGGAAAAGCCAAAUGUAGUCAUUGGGCCAUCUCCAGUUUCUGCUUCAAUGACUCAGGCACAUCUUCAAGGAAUUCCUAAUUCAGUCCUGAGCAGCUUGACUGGUCAGCAAAAACUGCAGACACAGCCUAAAGUGUCUAUGAGUGGUGCAGUUUGGACUACUGCAGUAAGCAACCAAACGUCGUUGUUGGGAAUCCCUCCACCUGAUCUAAAAGUACCAAACAAUCCUUAUCUUAACUUUUGCAAUAUACUGCCAAAUCUGAGUUUGCAAGUUGGAAACGCCAAUAAACAUAAUCCUGGGCAACAGCAGACUGGAGUACUGGAAUCCAUGUUAAAUCCAGCAAUUUCCAGGGCAACCACAGCACCUGAACUGCUGCAGACAUCUGCCACGCAGUAUGCAUUUGACUGCUAUCCUGAGUACACAUCAAGCUGUGGGGAAUAUUCACAGGAUACCAUGCAACAGUGGUACCAGAGCUAUGUUCCAUCACAUAACUCCUCUGAGGCAUUUGUCGCAGGCUAUGAAAAAGAGCAGUGUGAGGCACCAGCGCCAACUUUUGUUCAAACAUCCGUAGCUCCUGGUGAAAUGUUCUAUAAUCAGCAGACAUCUGUAAAUAGUAAUGUGGACUACAGUAUGGCAGUACAAGUGGUACCUUCGUAUUAUGCUGGAAGUCAAACCUAUUUCCCUGGAAACAUUCAAACAAGCCAAACCACCAAGCAGUCACUUGCUCCAGGGGCUGGAAUCCUGGGUCCAGCACCAGUGGGAAACCCGGUGACUAAUAUCAAGUCUCCAGUGACUGGUCAGAAACGUGCAUCUUCCUACCUCCUGCCUUCCCCUGAAGUGAGUCCAGAUGGAGGCUACGUUGGGCAGCACUCGCAGGGCCUUGGUGGUCAUUAUGCUGAUUCCUAUUACAAAAAAAAGAGGAUAUUUUGACUUAUUACUGUUAUUUUUGCUGCUGUUUCCUUUUUUGCUUAAUGCUAGAACAUACUUUUAAAUGUGAAACUGCCCUUUGCAUUUUCUGUUGAGAAAAAGUUGAUUUUUUUUUUAGAAAACCAAGUUUUUAAAUGGUUUCCUUAAGUUUUUUUUUUAAUGUUAAAGUAGGACUUUUAAUCUGGUUCCCCUACUUGCCCCAUUGCCCACAUCCCUUCCCCCUCCCACCUUCACAUUACCAUGCAUUUUGAUUCAUGCCUGCUAAAGGCAGUAUUGACAUCCCAUUGUUUUGAAGGCAGCUGCACAAUCUGGUUUCAAAUUUUUAUGGUUAUGGCAGAGUGGGACCAGUUUUAACUUCUCUCGAUCAGUCUUCAUUGAAUGUGCAAGAAGAAUUGUAGAGUUUUUUGCUUAAUCACACUUAAAUGUUUCACAUUAGGAUGUAUUAAGAUUUUUGGUAGGAGGGAAGGAAGACGGUCCUGGGGAAAACAUUGUGAAUUACUUUCCCUCCCCCAGCUAUCUUUCUCUUCAAUAAUUUCACAUCAGGUACACCUCUAUAGUUUAGUUAUUGAAUUGCACUUUUUACAGAUUUGUUUGCAUAUGUGGAAUGUUUUUAAUGUAUGUGGGAAUUAGCUUUUUACCAUGGAUGAACCACUUGUCUGACUGCACUAACUGACAUUUAUUUGAUGUAGUUGUCUUCAUUUAUUUACACAAUGCAGUAUGGCCUGCUCCCACUGACCAAAGCAAAAAUGUUGGGUUUUUUGUGUGUAAUACAUCAUAUCACACUUAAAAUUUAAAAUACUUUGUUUUUUUGGCUGCUUUGAUGGUUCUUGUUUUAUUGAUGGGAUGAUUAUACUAUGAAGUAAUUUUUAAUCUGAUUCAUGUAUUUCUGUUUUGAUUUAAUAUGGUAUGUGAAUUACAAUUACUUGGGGGACUGUGGUGGUAUAGUCCUAGUUUUAAAAAAAGUUUCUAACUUUUACCAGGGAAAAGCAGGAGUGCAUUUCGCUACAAUUGAAUCAUAAACUGUGGUUUACUUCCCUGUUUUCUUUUUGAAUAGUAAACAAAGUAAAAGUCUUAAUCGCUUUUCUGUUUUUCUUUGUCCUUUUUUUUAGAUUUUUUUUUCCUUGCAAGAUGAAUUUUGUGAUUUUAGUAGCUUUAGACUGAAAGCUGGUACUGACUCCAGCUACCCAAGGUAUUAUCUUUAAUAUUAUAGUGCCACAACAUAAAUGGGGCAGCACUUGAGCUCAUGAGGGUAUCAUGAUUGAGCUGUUUGGGUUAAUUUCUGUGGGGCUUUUGUGAAACAGACAUGGUUAUACUCAGGAUUGCUUAAUAUUACUGGCUAUUGUUCUGUUCCAGCAAUGGAUUAUUAUAUCAAUUAAUACAAGUUAACAAUGAGUUUUUUAAAAAUUACGUUGCUACCUUAAAUCUUUCACAUCUAAUGCCAGAAAAGUAGGAAGGAGAUUGUAAUGUGUUAAACUAAUCUACUUUUUGUUAGGGUAUUCCAUAACACACACCUGAAUCUGGGAAGACAGUUUUUUUUGUGUGUUUAGGGAUUGAAGCAGGUAAACCCUGAGAGAUUAGCAGUAGGUUCAAUGUUUUGUUUUCCUGUAUACGGUUGAAUAUAAUCUCGAGAAUGCUUUAAGUUUCAGUCUGGAACAUACAAAUUAAGGGCAGGAGUAGGCCAUUUAAGCCCCUUCACCAUUCAACAAGACCAUGACUGACGUGACUAAUCUAAGAUCCACAUUUCCAGUUAGCCCUGAACCUUCAAAUCCCUUUACAAGAACUUGUAUAUCCUGCCUUAAAAAUAUUUAAGGACUUUGCUUCCACCAUCUUUUCAAGAAGAGAACGUUCCAAAGACUGGCGGUCCUCCGAGGAAAUAGAUUUUGCCUAAUUACCCUUUCAAAAAGGCAACCUGUGAUUUUACUGUUGGAUUUCCCCUAUGAGGAAGAAUCCUCUUCACAUCUACCCUGUCAAGGUCCCCACAGAUUUUUGACAAUUCCAUCAAGUUGUCUCUCUAUUUUAAAUUCUAAUAGAUUCAAACCUGUCCAACGUUUCCUUCUGAGACAACUCAUCCAUCCUAGUUAUUAGUUUAGUAUGCUUUCUCUGAAAUACCUCCAUUACUCUAUAUAGUACACAGAUGCAGUCUGACCAAUGCCCUGUAUAACUGAAGGAUAGUGUCCUAUGUCUGCAUUAAUUUUGCUUCUCAAUACAGUAAAUACUCUCUAUCCACAAGUUCUAGACACAUGAAUUUGCCUACCCGUGCCAAAAAGUAAGGAGAAACAAAAUUCGACACCAACAGGAAAACUUGCAAUUUUUAACUUAUUUUAACCUGUAUUUUUAAUGGUCUUUGCAGUCACGAAUGUCAUCAUUCACAGGAGUUCAGUAAUGGAGCACUCACGCAGGUGGAGGAAUGACUGUCGUUCUAGCGGCUUUCCUAAUUGCUUGCUGUAUCUUUGUGGAACUUUUGCACUUCGGGCUCAAGCACUCCCAGAUGCCUCUGCAUCUUGGAUCUUUGAAAUCUCUCUCCAUUUAGACAGACAGUAUGUUUCUUUAUUUAUCCUCCUUACUAAAAUGACGUUUCACUUUUUUUUGCAUUAUCCUCCAUUUGCCACAUCUCUGCUGAUUCACUUACCUUGUCAACAUCUUUUUGUAACUCUCUUGUCCCUUUACUUGGUAAUAAGUUACUCUCGUACCUGUUUGUCAUCGGUAGAUUCAUCAGCUAUGCUUUGUCGCUUCAUUGAAGUCAUUUUGAAGUCCCAGUACCGUGAGGCACACCACCCGGUGCAUCCUGCCAAGCUGAGAGAAACCAGUUUACUCCCAUUUGGCAUCUGUUAGCCAGCCAAUGUAUUAUCCUCCUCGCAGCAUUAAUUUUUCUUUUAUCAUAGUGUGUUUAUUUGAUUUGAUAGUGGCACAGGCAGAUGAAUUCGACAUGGACUGUUCGAGUUAGUACUCCAACUUUUGUGUUGCUGUGUACUAGUCCCUGCCCUUAAUCAAGAUAAAAUAACUUAACUAGAAUUCCAUCCUGAAUUUGAAGAGAAUAGUGAAUAUCCAAGAAGAGCAAUCUUAUGCCAAGUGGCUAAAUAUUCUCUAUUGUGUACAAAUUUUAUAGAGUCCAUGAUUGUCGCUGGGGCUGUUGAGACAUUUAAAAUUUCAUAGCUGCGUGUGUAAUUCUGUGUGCGCGUGUACACAUUGGUGGACAGAUUGCUGUCAUGGGUGAGUGUUAGAUCAGGCAGUAUUAGCAAAAGAUCAUAUUUGGGACCUAUAUUUCAGACACUGGCAUGUUCUAGCUUGUGAUGUUGGUGCUGAUUUCAGGAAUUUUGUUGGAGUGUAACUUGUAAUGCCAAAGGGUGAGAAUAAGCUGGAAGAGGUGCAGCUUAGCUUCAGAGGAAGGGAUGAAGGAUGUCUAUCUUAAUUUGUCUAGCAUUCUUUCAAGGGGUAUCAAAAGUUUCAAAAGGUCUUCCAGCUCAUAGUUUUAGCAAUAUUCCUGGCUUAAGGAAAGUUGGUAUAUGACUCUCUCCCAUCUUUAUAAACCAAUGUCAUCUUUUGGCUCUGUGUUCACUACCUAUGGCUCAUUUAAACAGUCUGUAAUAAUGGUUAACAAUUGGUAAUUGGCAACUUGCUUUGAUUACAGAUUGCAGUUUGUCUCAGUAUUCUGUUCAAUAGAUUAUUAACAACAAUGGAAUGCAGUGACUGCAACAGAGACUCUGACCAAUAUUCAAAAGGAUGUGGUUUGCAGGAUCAUCUACAGGUGGAAUUUUAUUAGCUCGAAGGAGAAUGACUGGGAUUUAAGAUGGUGGUAAAUGGCAUGGAGCAUGUUUUCACCAGUAGUCCCUAUUCUUAGAGGCAGCAAGGCUGGUGUGUAAAGACAUUUAAAAGGUGAAAAGUAAGUAAUUGCGGUAUUUAACAUCCAUUUAAAUAGCCUUUUAAAAUUCUGGGGGCCUAGCAAGGCAGCCAAAGUUCAGAGUACCACCAGUUAUAUGAAAUUGGAAGGUCUGUCAGUAGGACGCCAUUGAGAGGUGUGAGUAAACAGUUGUAGCGAUCUGGAAACUAGCUUAGCAAGGAAGGCAAAGGCAUUGGGUCUAAUUUAUAACUUGCCACACUUGCAGUGUAGGAAUGGAUGAGAGAUCAAAAGAUUGAGAGUGCAGUAAUUUGAACAACUUCAUUGCAGUUGGGCUAUGCUGACCUCUACUGCGGCCAUGCAUCAGAGGUAGACUACAGUUACCAAGACCAGGGCUGAAAAAUUCGAGGGGACCCUACAAGGGGGUAUGAAGGAGGAGAGCACAGAGGGGUAUUAUCCAUUGGGAGUGUAGUCAGGCUCAGCUUCCUGCAAAUGUUGGAUUAGAACUGUUGCUGAACACUGCCUGACAAAGGGAACUGGUCACUGAACUGUGUGUUAUGGUGGAGGAGGAGCUGAGCUCUGAGGAAAUGGUAAAGACCCGUUGCUGAAUUUCAACAAAACAGGAUUUCUAGGGGUCAUCCUGAGAUAGUUGUGAAACCUGUUUGCAGAUCAUUGUUGAAUCAAAAUGGUCAACAUGGACAUCUUUUGAAUGUUGACCAAACUGGCAUUUCUCACUAAUCUAGCAAGGCACAGAGUUGUAAGGUUUAGGACUGCUGUUGAAUUCUCCCAGGUAGAGUGAUCAUCAACUGCCAUAAAGAUUCCUGCAGAACAGGCACAAACAUUGAACAAGUUUUAUCCUUUCUGUUGCUAAAUGUACAAGUGGUCUGUGACUAUUGGUUCCUUCACAUCUGUGUAGGAUUCUGAAAAGCUGCCUUCACCGUACCAAGACAUUCUCAGGUGGCUGUUUUAUUUUUUUCUGACCUCAUGGGUACCUUUUUGAUCCAUGACUGGAUGAUGAGGACUAGCGACUGAAAGCAUGGCUCCUAUGUGUUUCAAGUCACAGCAAAGAACUGUAGGCAUUACGUUGUCACUGGACAAUUCAAGCAUAGUGCCGAUACCUUGACAGAUUUAGCAUCCAUUCCAGGAGUAACCAGAGAGGAGUCUCCUGGAUGAUUUUGACAGUUGUAUCUGUAACUUUUCAGGGUACACCUGUGGAAUUUGCUGACUUUGGACACCUGGUCCAAAGGUAAGUACAUCCACAAACAUCUCUGGCAAACUAAUGUGUUGGAUGUGUUUCUCCAUGACAGCUACAACACUCCGUAGAGGGAGUUAUUUGUAUAAAUUUAAGCCUGAGAUUUGAAAAUAACGGUGUGGAGCUGGAGGAACACAGAAGGCUAGGCAACA